AAACAAGCAGCAUCUGCCCACAGGAUUAAAGUUCACACAGACCGAUUUACUAGAUGAUGAAAAUGACACCACAUUUGACUCUUAGCAGAAUGAUGACCAAUUCUGUGAUCUGCUGUCUUCUAUAUGCUAGUUGGACUGUUGCUGCAAAACUUACCGUGGAGAGCUUUGAAGGGGAAGACAUCUCCUUUCAGUGUACCCAUGUAAAUGCACAGAAUAAUCGCAAAUACCUCUGCAAAGACCCGUGCACACACCCUGACCACAUACAGAUUAUUGUAAACCCAGGUGAAAGAGAAACAGCAGGAAAGAUAACUUUAGUGGACUUGUGGAAUGGAGCCUUCACUGUGACCUUCUCUCAACUCCAUCGGUCAGACUCAGGGAGGUACUGGUGUGGUGUGGAGAGAACUGGUUUUGAUACAUUCCACGAGGUAUACCUUGUCGUGAAGGAAACCAUUGUAGAACACACAACUUUGGGUGCAGAAGAUUCUUCAAAAUGGGCAUCCCACACUGAUUCUACAGUAACACAACACAUACCUUUAACGGAAAGUGGCACAACAUGUUUAGAAGGUGAUGGAGAACUGACCAUCAGCAGCACAUAUGCUCUGUUUUUCAUGACUGGUGGGACUGUUGCCAUGAUUACUGUCACAGUGCUGCUGGCUAUAUACUUCAGGAAGUGGAGGAAAAACCCAAAACCACAAGCUAUUUCCAACAACAUAUACCUCGUGACAUCCGCUGAAAGAAAGCAGAAUGACGGUGAAGAUGAGGAGCUUGUGGAUGAAGUUCAGCCAAACAUCAAACUCUCUAAGAUGACCUUUUGUACUCACAAGCCCAGACUGGAUUCAGCAAUGCCCAAAUCCACAGACGCCAGAUGUAGUUUACCCCAUAAUGUCUAUGAGAAUAUCUGCGGCCAUGAAAAUACUCCAGAGUGCAGACAUUCUGUUGCAGGUAUUAAAAAGAAAUGUGACUUUGACUCCAGUAUUAUAGAUUUACCCCCAACAGCUUCUGACAUAACAGCUAGUUCUGCUCUUGUAAAGCACACAAGCAGCUCUGCACCUGUGAGAAAUACUAAAAGGCGACGUGCAGAGGGCUGUGCACGCAGCGUGCCAACUGCUCACUCCAAAGUCUUCAGCGGUCGUACUGAAACUACUCCCAGACUGCUUUGGUUUGGUCAGGACUUCUUAGCAGUUGUUUGAGCUUUUAACAAACAAGAUGUUCAGUGCUCAUUCAGUUCAGCUUCUCUAUUUAUCCAGCCUUCACUGUCAUCUACAAAAAGAUGAUGUAGCCAGCAUGACCUUGCCUCGCCGUAAUUAAAUAAAUACAUUGUUUCCUCAGCUAAAACCUGAAGUUUGAACUGAAAACAAAAGACAGCUUUCACUCCUGACCGGGAAAUUUCUGGUUCCAAAUAGAGACAUCUCUGAAAUCCUUCCCAAAUAUACUGUCCUGGGGCCUCCAAUUUAAAGCUCUUCAAAAAACCUGUAUCAGUGAAAUUUCAGUAAGUCAGUCAUUCAGUAGAAAUUAUGUGAGAUUAUAAUUGCUUCAUGUCAAGCUUGAAGUGUUCCAGCUCCGCCAGAGUGCCUCUUUCAUGAUAAGGCGACAAUAAAACUCAAGAGCCUUGACAACCAGUUAUCUCCACAUCUCAGUC